GCCAGGAGCCCGUCCCGCCCGCGGCCGCGGUCCCGGCGGGGGUCCCCAGCGGAGCGGCCGCGGCGCGGUUGGGAAGGACCCACGCUCGCUGAUGCCCGCAGAUGUUAGCGGUGGGACAGAUGGAUGCUAAUCGCCAGAGCGCAUUCGUCCUUAGCAGCGCGCCGCUAGCCGCGCUGCACAACAUGGCCGAGAUGAAGACCUCGCUGUUCCCCUACGCCCUGCAGAACCCCUCCGGUUUCAAGGCACCGGCCCUGGGCGGACUCAACACGCAGCUCCCCUUGGGGACACCGCACGGAAUAAGCGACAUCCUGGGGCGGCCCGUGGGCAGUGCCAGCAACCUUCUGGGCGGGCUGCCCCGCAUCAACGGGCUGGCAGCCUCGGCCGGGAUGUACUUCAGCCCCGCUGCCGUCUCCCGCUACCCGAAGCCUCUGGCGGAGCUGCCGGGACGGCCGCCCAUUUUCUGGCCGGGAGUAGUGCAAGGCUCUCCCUGGAGAGAUCCUCGGCUCGCCUGUCCCGCUCAGACGGGGAUGGUUUUGGACAAGGACGGCAAGAAGAAACACUCUAGACCUACUUUCUCUGGGCAGCAGAUAUUCGCUUUAGAGAAAACCUUCGAACAGACGAAAUACUUGGCAGGACCGGAGCGCGCCCGGCUCGCCUAUUCCCUGGGGAUGACUGAGAGCCAGGUGAAGGUUUGGUUCCAGAACAGACGGACCAAGUGGCGGAAGAGACACGCGGCAGAAAUGGCCUCGGCAAAGAAGAAGCACGACUCGGAGACGGAGAAGCUGAAGGAGAGCUCGGACAAUGAGGACGAUGACGAAUACAACAAGCCCCUGGACCCCAACUCAGACGAUGAAAAAAUCACGAGGCUAUUGAAAAAGCACAAAUCCACGAACCUGUCCCUCGUGAGCCCCUGCAGCACCAGCUCGGAUACGCUGUGAGAGUUGUAACUGGGUGUUUGAAGUGGUGUCUUGUACAGCCUAAGAUGUAUGUGAAAUGUAUAUAUUUUUUACAGAAUAAGUUAUGAAUUUAUUUUCUUUCUCAUCGAUGUAAAUUUCAGAGAAAAUUUUUCAACUUUUUGGGUUUUGUGUCCCUGUAAGGUUUCCCGCUCUUUCCUUUUAGCCUUCCUGUUAAUUUGCUGCUCCUAACAAUCAAGUUUUGUUACGUUUUCUAUGGGUCCCAAGUCCGAGCUCAGCCACUUUGUAUAUAGUAAAUUUCAGAUUUUGUGAUGUAUAUUUCUAGUGUAAAAACGGCAGUUUUCUUUCACUCUGUCCCUCAGUGUUUUGGCAGUUUCAUUUCUCCUGCCUCUGGAUUUUAUGCUUAAUAAUACCAAAAAACCAAACCAGUGCCCAAAAAAAAAAGCACGAGAGGAAAAUGGACACUUGAUUUUACAUUAGAAUGGCUCCACACGUGUUGGAAAGACUUUGUAUAAAUCAAUAAAUUAUUUAACA